GUUAGGGAAGGAGGCAGAGCAAGAAGGAAGAACUGUCACUGCGUGUGUUUGUGUGCAUAGAUGACAGGAGAGGAGAGAACGAAAACGGUAGAGAGUGAGGGGGGCAUAGUUUUAUAGACUUCUCGCCUUCCAAAGUUCCAGGAGUAUGCAUUCUUUGGUCAGACCAAAAAUUAGGGCACAGUUGAAUCUAAAUCGAAGCCAAAACCCAUUUUGGCCCCUUUUUGCUCUCCAUGCUAUGCUGCUUUGUGUCUGUACAACGGCUUGGCCACAUGUUUCCAGGCCCCAGGAUGACAAGUGUCCCAGCGCUGAGUGGAACGCCAUGUGUCGCUCGUGCUGUGAGUACGACCAAAUCCGUUGCAAGUGUCCGUCACAGAGCACACAGGUGGGCUACGCUGUACCCUGUUGCCGCAACGAGCUGGACGAGUGUGAUCCCUGCAUUAUACACCAAGGGUGCAGCAUUUUUGAGAACUGUAAGACGUGCAACAAUGGGACAUGGCAGGCCCAGGAUGAUUUCUAUAUCAGAGAGCAGUACUGCACAGAGUGCCGUCAGGGCUGGUCUGGAGGAGACUGCAUGAAAUGUGGAGGUGUUAUCAGAAGGCGUCAAGGUCAUGUGACUCUAGAAAGUUAUCCCAUAAAUGCCAAAUGUGAGUGGACCAUAUAUGUUAACAGAGGAAUGACGGUGGACCUCAGGUUCUCAAUGCUCAGCCUGGAGUUUGAUCACAGUUGUCUGUAUGACUAUGUCGAGGUGAGGGAUGGUGACCGCAUGGACUCGCCUAUUAUUGGUCGAUACUGUGGCAGUGAAAGUCCUCCACCAAUCAUAAGCUCAGGGUAUUCCUUGCACAUUCGUUUUGUGUCCGAUGGAUAUAACAACUUUGAUGGCUUCUUUGCUACUUUCCAGGAGGCCUCUGCAUGCAGUUCCUCUCCCUGUCUGCACGGGGGCACUUGCAACUUGGACCCUGUUCAGUCCUUCCGCUGUGCGUGCCCAGCUGACUACACAGGUCAUCAGUGCGAGACCUCUGUUCCACUGAAGAAAGCCUGUGGCGUGCCUCCAACGCCCCUGGAUGGGGAUUUCACUUUGCUGUACGAAGCAUCUGGAAAUGCUCUCAGCAUGGUUCAGUACUCGUGCCACAAAUCUUACCGACUACAUGGCACGACACAGAGGAGCUGCUUGUCAAAUGGCACAUGGAGUGGAGCAUCGCCCAUGUGUGUCAAAGAUUCCAACAAGAAUAAUUGCCCUUCAUUACCUAAGCUUCAACAUGGGUAUUAUAAGACGACUGCUCGAAAGACAUCACACACGGUGGAUUUUCACUGCAAGAACUCCUAUGUGCUGAGUGGAAAUUCACGAAGAAGCUGCCUUGCUGAUGGAACUUGGAGUGGCAAGCAGCCACAAUGUGUGAAAGCUUGUCGAGAGCCGAAGGUGUCAAAGCUUGUGAAACAGAGGAUUCACCCACCUCAUGUUGCUCUGAGGAGAAAUACCACACUCCACGGGCUGCACUCUCUGACCAACCUGAGAAUACCAGGAACAGCCACCCUGAGUGAGGAGGUGACCCCUAUCGAGCCACUUCCUGCUGGGUUUCACCCUCAGUAUACCCAGAUCGAGUAUGAGUGUGCCUCCCCUCUCUACCAGCACUUUGGCAGUGCCCAGCGCACCUGUCUCAAGACAGGGAAGUGGAGUGGGCAGCAUGUCUCCUGUUCACCAGUGUGUGGAAAACUCAGAUCGGUCAGUCCCCAGACGCUGGCAGACACACAGUGGCCUUGGCACGCAGCCAUCUACCACCACAUCUCUGGAGCUAGCGCGGGGAGGACAGAGAGCGAGGAAGCCAGAUUUGGUGGGGGGAGAAUCGGGGACAACCGAGGCGAGCGUUGGCGGUUAACAUGCAGCGGGACUUUGGUGAACCAAUACAGUGUGGUGGUGGCAGCACAUUGCGUGACAGAGCCGGGCAGUGCCCAACAUGUUCGCCCGGCUGAUAUUAAGGUUGUGAUGGGCAAGCGCAAUUUAAGAGUACAUAUGAACACAGAGACAUCCGACUUCUUGCGGGUUGCUGCCAUCUUGAUUCACCCAAAUUACAACUUAACUGGGCCAGACUCUGAUCUGGCCAUACUGAAGCUGCUGGACAAGGCCAGAAUCAGCGAGCAUGUAAUGCCUGUGUGCCUACCGCAACUGCAAGGAGGAGAGGUUACUGCCCAGCAGGGGUAUGCCAUUGACUGGCCCUUGCCUGAAAACAGUGCCCAGGACGACACAGCAGUUUCAGCUCACACUGGGCUGAUUGAGCUGAGGGAUGUUUUGCAGUGUGAGAGACAGUACAGACUUAAUGGGCUUCCUGUGGCCCUCACCGACAACAUGCUGUGUGGCCGCCAGCAUCCCCACAGCCCCACACCGGUCUGCUAUUCUGCCACUGGUGGAGUGGUCAUGGUUCAGUCCCCUCCUUCUCCUCGCAGCCCCCACCUGUCACCCCUCUCAGGCGACGACAGACAUGAUAGCGAUAGCGACCAAGGAGUCUGGGAGCUAGUCGGCCUGGUGAGCUUUGGGUACGAGCAACGCAAGUGCAGCCCAGAACUUUACAUAAUCUACACGCGUGUGAAUAACUUAAAAGACUGGAUCGAGAAGAGCAUAAAGUAAAGUCCCCUGCUGAACCA